AUGAAGGUGCUACCCGCCUCUGGCCUUGCUGUCCUUGUCACAGCUUUAAAGUUUGCCACCGCAGUCCCCACCCUAUUUGCAGCCACUCCUAGGACCUUCAGGAGCAGCUACCACCUCGCACAGGACUACCUUGACAAGUAUUACACACACAAAGGAGGCCCCCAGGCCGGUGAGAUGGUGGCGAGACAAGGCAACCCCAUGGUCAGGAAGAUUAAGGAGCUGCAAUCUUUCUUUGGCCUCCAAGUCACUGGGAAGUUGGACCUGACUACGAUGAAUGUGAUCAAGAGGCCUCGCUGUGGCGUCCCUGAUGUGGCCAACUACCGCCUCUUCCCAGGUGAACCCAAAUGGAAAAAAAAUAUUUUGACAUACAGAGUCUCUAAGUACACACCUUCCAUGAGUCCUGCUGAGGUGGACAAGGCCGUGGAGAUGGCCCUGCGUGCCUGGAGCACCGCCGUCCCUCUGAACUUCGUUAGGAUAAACUCUGGGGAAGCAGAUAUCAUGAUAUCUUUUGAAACUGGAGAUCACGGGGAUUCCUACCCAUUUGAUGGGCCUCGAGGGACUCUGGCCCAUGCAUUUGCACCUGGAGAAGGCUUGGGAGGAGACACGCACUUCGACAAUGCUGAGAAGUGGACUAUGGGGAUGAAUGGGUUCAAUUUAUUCACCGUUGCUGCUCACGAAUUUGGCCAUGCUCUAGGCCUGGGCCACUCCACAGACCCGUCAGCACUUAUGUACCCAACUUACAAGUACCAGAACCCCUAUAGGUUCCAUCUCCCCAAGGAUGACGUGAAAGGAAUUCAAGCACUAUACGGACCCCGGAAGACAUUCCCAGGAAAGCCCACUAUGCCCCAUAUCCCGCCUCACAAGCCAUCCCUUCCCGACCUCUGCGACUCCAGCUCAUCCUUCGACGCUGUGACAAUGCUGGGGAAGGAGCUUCUGCUCUUCAAGGACAGGAUUUUCUGGAGAAGACAGGUGCACUUGGCAGCAGGAAUUCGGCCCAACACCAUCACCAGCUCCUUCCCCCAGCUCAUGUCCAACGUGGAUGCAGCUUAUGAAGUGCCUGAGCGAGGCCUUGCUUUCUUCUUCAAAGGUCCGCACUAUUGGAUCACACGAGGAUUCCAGAUGCAAGGUCCUCCCCGGACAAUUUAUGACUUCGGGCUGCCAAGGCGUGUGCAGCGAAUAGAUGCUGCGGUCUACCUCAGGAAACCCCAGAAGACCCUCUUCUUUGUGGGAGAGGAAUACUACAGCUAUGAUGAAAGAAAAAAGAAAAUGGAGAAAGACUAUCCAAAGAACACCGAAGAGGAGUUUUCGGGAGUGAGCGGCCACGUAGAUGCCGCUGUGGAGUUAAACGGCUACAUUUACUUCUUUUCAGGACCCAAAACGUUCAAGUAUGACACGGAGAAGGAAGAUGUGGUUAGUGUGGUAAAAUCCAGCUCCUGGAUUGGUUGCUAAAUCUGCAGGGUUAGUCUCCUCACAGGAACGGAGAUCACUGUGAGCAACUGAUGACCGGACAUUAUGGAUUAAGCAGAGAGCCUGGACACUCUUGCCCAGCCUUCAGCCCUAAGGGUGAUUUAAAGUUCCUUGAAAACAAUAACAAUUCUAUUGCUUUUCCUAAUUAUUCAUUUCCAAUUUAAAUCCUGAUGAGAAAUUAAGCCACCUUUACUCAGAAUCAAAUAAUACACCCUUUGGUUAAACAUUCUUUUUUUUUUAACCUACUGUGUUAAAGAAAAUUGAUCUGUUUGAUUUCUAUUUAUAGGAAAAAGACUGCAUACGCACACACACAAUUCUUUCAUUAAGAAAGGUCAUUACCACACAAAAUAUAAUUAUCCUUUAAAAAGGGCCAUUGUCCACUACUAUGAUGAGUAUAAAUGUGCCUAUUUACGUGUUGAAGAUGUCACUACCAAAAACGCAGCACCAGGCCUGUUUCUUGGUUUGGGUUGUUCGCUGGUCCCCUCACUGGUCUCUGGAGUUGGGUUGGUACACAAACAUUCAAAUUAAUUUUCAUGCUUACCAACAGCUGGACACUCGGCAACAGGGAACCUUUUUAACAAAACCCAAUAAAAAAAUAUUGUAUUAGAACAGUUCCUCAUUUCUCUUUUCUGUUAACAUUUACUUGCCCUUAUCACGCUUUAUUUAACAACAAAUUCUGUGUACCUGUAGAAAUGUAAACAGUAGUAUCAUAAGCACACGGA